CAGACACCAGACGUCCGAAGUGAAUGAUUGACGAACAAGAGCCCAUCAUUACACAUUUAACUUUUGUUGAAUAGAUAACACCAAACACGUCGUUCUCGAAACAAACAGACAACAACCAGGCAGUCGGGUUUAAAGUAAGUGACUGCAGAGCAAGAUUAGCUUCAUAGCCUACUAAACAAGCUCUAAUAUCAUGCUAACGAGAACGUAGCCAAGUAUCGCAACUCUUGCACUCAAUACAGCCGUGCAAACUUUGUAAAACGUAACAGUUAAUCAGCCUAUAAUCGGAAAUGAAUAAUUACUUGGGCAGUCCCGAAUGCAAUGCUGGUUAAAUUUUACAGCAGCUGUAGCUAAUGGCAACGGAACCUUUUACCCACUUCCUAAUCAGAUAUAUCAGACUCCACUAAUGAUGGCUGAGGAUUUCUUUUAACUGUAAACUUGAAUGACCUGUUCCCAGAACAAUGUGACCGAUGGCACUUGACACGAUCAUAGUGACUGAUUACCAAGAGUAAAGGAAGGCUACUACUACUUUCGCCCAACAUCACUAUCAAUUUGCUGGACACCAGUAUGUUGACAGGUGAAUACUGGCUUUUAAAACUUCUCAUCUACUGCUCAUCUACUUAGAAUUUCCUUGACUUCCGGAUUACCACAAUAGCUUGCUCGAAACUUCAAACGGUGUUCAGACCGACUGCAGUCCGAGUGCUUCCACUGGCAUAGCAAUUUACAAGUGAGGAAGGAAAAAAUGGACCCAGAAGUGUCUGUUUUGCUUCACUGUGGGACCUGGCGGGGUCUGCGAGAAGAUCAAGUGCAAGUUGAACUGUCCUCGAGGUUCAACCGGCACUCUGUACCAGAGGCAGAGACGCACAUUCAAUCACUGUGGGAGGAGAGGAUCGCAAGAGAGCCCUGGCUUUUCAAUGGAGCCAAAUUCAGGUUUCACUCAGCGAAAUGGACCAAUCCCCAACACCCCACUCCUCCUGCUACCACUACCACACCUACGGCAAGACCAUGUGAUGAUACUAAGUCAGUACAAGACCACGUUGAUAAGGCUACACCGGACACUUUCACUCACACGCCACACAGCUGCUGCUGUCCCAGAGACACUGGUCACAAUAAGACGGCAGCACACAGCCAGCAUGAUGCGCAACCGUCCAUCGUUGCUCCCACGUCCCACAGCGGAGACCGCAUAAACCCUGUCGUGACGUCCACAGGUACUGGGGUCAAUGGAGACCGUGAAAACGGAAGCAGCCCAGUCUCAGUGAAGUCCGCACCUGUGGAGGAUGAAUCAGGAGACGCAGGGAGGAAGAGGAAGAGGAGAGAGACAGCUCUGCUCAGCCUGCAGCUGGGCCUGACGUGCUAUAAGGACUACCUGGGUACCAACUGGUCGGAGAGCGUGCCUGAGCUGCAGGAGAAGGGGAGGGCGCAGCUGGGGGACGAGCAGGCCUUGCUGGCACAGCCGCUAGGGGUGGGCGCCGUCAUGGCAACCGCUGACGGACAGGUGGUGUUGCUAAGGAGGAGCCUGAAGGUGGCGGAGGCCGCCGGACAACUGGACAUACCUGGCGGACAUCCCGAACCAAAGGCUGUGUGUAAGGGCAUCAGUGAGGACCAAAUCACCAUGGAGACUAUGCAGGGGCAGGAGGAGGCGGUUCUCACAGAGAUCUUCUCCUCCGUGUUGGCCGAGAUUCGAGACGAGGUGAACAUCCCCCUGAGUUGCCUGAGUGAGCCCAUCUUGCUGGGGAUAGCUCUCAACCACACAAGCGCUGGGAGGCCUAGUGCUGAGUUCUACGUCAGGUGCUCUCUGACAGCAGAGCAGGUCAAAGCCACCUACACGCUCGGAGGCCCGGAGGCUAACGAAUCCACAGACAUCGUUUUUCUGAAGGAGACGGAAUUAUUGAGUCUAAACAACAGCUCCCCCCUGUGGUUGGAAUUGUGUCCAUCAGCUAAAGGAGCCAUCAUACUUCACCAGCUGGUUAUGUCGACCAAGACAUCGGCACCCCCACGAUAGCUGCUGCUGCUGCUGCAUAGAGUUGUAAAAAGUACUCUUACAGAUGUAAGUACAACACUAGUGGUAUGAAAUUACAAAGUUUAAAUCAUGUAAUAUACUGUACCACUGGUGUUGUAAGAGUAAUUGUACUUUUAUACAACUCUGCUCCUGCACAUGUACAGUAUUUAACUUUACUGCCAAGAGUCCAUGUAAAUAACAACCACAGAAGCAGAUAUUUAACAGAAUAAAUAUAUCGUUUUUAUUCUUUUCUUUCAAAACUUGGAACCAUUCUGGAACGUGUUGCAUAGCACAGAACAAAAGGAUUCGUUUCAUCUCCUUUGAAAUACAGCAUACAGGAGUACCGUGGCUUUACCACAGCAAACACAAGGAAUGUCUAGUUAAGGCAGAUAAGAAAAAGCAAUACCGACUCCUUCAGGAUUAAAAUGUGUCCCAUGCCAAUUUUAAAUGGCAUUUUUUUUUACAACGGUUAGUACAAUAACUUUGUUGACUUGUACAUGUAUGUUUCUAUGACACUGCUGGUUCAGGGGAUUGGGUGUGUGUGAUUGUCUCUAUUGUGCAACGACAUGGUGUAUGUAAAGUAUUAAAUCGUCUUUUCAACA